CAUUUGCACGUGGUAAAAAAAAUGGCUGCGAAUGAGGAGAAACAAGGCCACAAAGCCGGCGUUUACAAACAGAAAAAUAAAGGACACAAACAUGGCAGACACAGGACGAAAGGGGAAAUUGAAAGAGAAAACAAAGGCAGGGUAUCCGUGACAACCCUUACUAAAAAACAGAGGAAGGAGCUGAAGAAAAUGGAUAGAAGACAUAAAGCUAACCAGCUUCGAAGAACCAAGAAAGACCAGGUUCUGACAGAAAAGCGACGACUCGGCAGCAGGGACGGUCCUCCUCAUCUAGUGGCUGUAGUGUCCCUGCAUGCCAACGCUGAUGCUGCAGCUAUUACCAAACUGCUGAGAAGCGAAGGCGCUGGGGGUGUGUUGCAGCAAGAGAAAUGCAUCAGUGGUGUCAGUGAUAGUUUUGGACUGAUUCUGCCUCGCUUCAAACAGAGGUUCACAUUUCUAAACCAGACCACAGCUGACAUGCACUCCCUGCUGGAUGUGGCAAAGGUUGCAGACAGCCUUGUGUUUGUCCUUGAUUCAACUGAAGGUUGGGACAAUUAUGGAGAUCACUGUCUCUCCUGCCUCUUUGCUCAGGGACUUCCAAGCCAUGCUCUGGUGUGUCAAGGUUUGUCUGAUGUUUCCGUGAAGAAGAAAGUUGACUUCAGGAAAGCUCUGUCAAAGAUCACAGAAAUCCGGUUCCCAGAUACGCGACUCUUUCCACUCGACUCGGAUCAAGACGCCACUCUUCUCCUACGACACCUAGGAAGUCAGAGACAAAGAAAGCUGGGUUUCCGUUCCAGACGUUCCCAUCUAUUGGCUCAGCACGUCACUUUCACACCAAACAGCCCCGUAGAGGGGAGUGGGCCGACUGAUCUGGGGACCCUCUGUGUAUCUGGGUAUGUCCGAGGUCGCGCUCUCCAUGCUGACAGACUGGCGCACAUCAGCGGCCAUGGAGACUUUCAGCUCAGUCAGAUUGAUGCUCCAUCAGACCCUCUGCCUCUGAACCUUACAAGACAAACAAAACCUGGAAAAGGAAGAGAUGUUGAGAUGCAGGAUGGAGAUGAGAAGGAGGCACCAGUGCGGGUGUUGAUGAAAGCAGACCCGUCCAGCCGGGAGAGUCUGCAAGCAGAGGCUGAGGUGGAUCCCAUGGAGGGAGAGCAGACCUGGCCGACAGAACAAGACUUGCUGGAAGCUGAAGAGGCCAGAAAGAACAAGCGUUUAAUGAAAGUUCCUAAGGGAACAUCUGACUACCAAGCCACCUGGAUCGUCGAUGAAGAUGAGGAGGAGAAUGGGGAGACAGAUGAAGAAAGCAGUGAUGAUGAUGAUGAUGACAUAAUGGAUGAAACUAUGGCUGGAGAGGAGGAAGAGAAUGACUCUCAGGAGGCUGGUUCCCAGGUUGCUUCAGAAGACGAAGAGGAAGAAGAGGAGUUGUGCUCCACAGAGAAAGGUGGAGCAGAUCAGCGGUAUGACGACAACAUGGAUGAAGAAGCUGAACAAGAAGGUUUGAAACGCUACCGGGAGGCUCGAUCCCAUGAGAUGUUUCCUGAUGAGGUGGACACGCCCCUAGAUGCUGCAGCUAGGAUCAGAUUCCAGCGCUACAGGGGCCUAAAAAGUUUCCGCUCCUCACCUUGGGACCCCAUGGAGAACUUGCCUCUUGAUUAUUCACGCAUAUUCCAGUUCCAGAGCUUUGAACGCACUCGCCGUAGAAUAUUGGCAGAAGCUGCAGCUGAUGAGAAUGGAGCCAUGGAUGGCUGGUAUGUAACACUGCACAUCAUUGAUGUUCCUUUCUCUGUGAUGGAGAGCGUCCAGUCUGGAAAGCCCCUGGUGCUGGUGUCUCUGUUGCCCCACGAGCAAAAGAUGUCAGUGAUGCACCUUUUGGUGCACAGACACCCCAGCAACACAGAGCCUAUCAAAUCCAAGGAGGAACUUGUGUUUCACUGUGGAUUUAGAAGGUUUCGUGCUUGCCCUAUAUUCUCUCAGCACACUACAGGUGACAAGCAUAAGAUGGAGCGCUUCCUCCGACCUGAUGCCCCCACUGUGGUGUCCGUUUAUGCCCCUAUCACCUUUCCUCCUGCUGGAGUGCUGCUUUUCAAACAACGGAACGAUGGUGCUCAGGAUCUUGUGGCUACAGGGAGUGUGCUCAGCUGCGACCCUCAGCGCGUUGUCCUGAAGAGGAUCGUGCUGAGUGGACACCCAUUCAAAAUCAACAGGCGCUCAGCUGUUGUCCGAUACAUGUUCUUCAAUAGAGAGGACAUCAUGUGGUUCAAACCUGUGGAACUGCGGACAAAAUGGGGCAGGAGAGGUCACAUCAAAGAGGCUUUAGGAACUCAUGGUCACAUGAAGUGCGUGUUUGAUAGUCAGCUUCGCUCCCAAGACACCGUGCUAAUGAAUUUGUACAAGAGAGUGUAUCCUCGCUGGACGUAUGACCCAUACGUGCCUCCGCAAUUACCUUGGUUCAAGAAAGAGAUUACUAUUGAAAUGGAUGACUUGGACAUGGAAUAGAAGAAAUUACUUAAAAGAGGUGUAUGACUAUGACAUGCUUAAAAAGUGGAAGAAAAGUAUUAAAUAAAGUCAGCAUCUUGC